AUGCAAAUAGACCAGAACAGUAGUUGGCUAUGUGAAAUAGAGAAAGAACCCAAGAACUUUACCUGUAUACAGGAAAUAUGCCAGAAGAUGUUUACCCAUGUAAGAAGUGUAAAAAAUAAAGCAGAUAAGGAAGAUUUGAGUCAGUAUAUCAAAGAAAAAGAAGAGGCCCAUGCAAGUGGUGCAGUGGAAAGAGCCUAUGAUUUAUACCCAAAAGGAGCUCAGUUGAAGCCUAACAGUCAAGUAGUAGUAGUCAAGGAAAAUCUAGCCUUGGGAAAAGUAGGUGACAAUUGGACCAAAUACCAUCCAGAGUGGAGACCAACAAAAGCUAGAAGAUUCAUAGACAGCAGAAUAGAGAGGAAUGAUGAAGGAUGCCAAGUAGAUGACAACUAUGUUGAAUGGAAGGAGGUGAAGAAGUUUCAGCAGGAAAUGACACGAUGA